UGAGCGAUGCUCGUUCAUGUCUAUGUAGAGCGAGCACAAGCGCGAGCAACAGGACGCUGACUUUCGUUGACUUAACGGCCACAGGUGUCGCUGUUAACAAGCAUUUCUGAAAGUUACAAAUUGUCCCUUUAAGUACUGGAGUGAUGUGAUCAGUUCUUUUGGUUUUUGUAAGAACUCUAGCAGCUGCAUUUUGAACCAUCUGAAGCUGUUUGAUGGUCUUUUUAGAUAGGCCAAUCUGAAGCUCUGUCCUUUUGCCACCUCAUGACAAACAACCCUGGGAUGUUUUAUUUUGAAAAACAUCAAUAGGAAGUGGUAUUGCUUCCAAUGCUGUGUGCUUUUUGCUCCGAGGUCCGCUCAGCUGCAGCAGAACAGACGAGAAAGCAUGGAGCGCAACAAGACGCGUUGGAGAGACUCAGCAAGCGGACGGGAAAAGUGGCAGUUUCUCAUCUGUUUGUAAGUCACUUUCAGCAAACAGUCUGGCAGAUUUGUGCUCCCCAGCAGGUGGACAUUGAGCAUCCCCAAAGCGUGCGUAAAAUGACCGGAGAGGAGAGAGAAUAGUGUUGGAGUGACCAGCAGCGACCAAAGAACAGGAGGAAAAGGAGGAGUAAAAAAAAAGAGACGCGUGUGCUUUGGAUUUCCACACAUUUGAACAUUUCACGUUUAUUUUUUUGGGGGAAAAAAAUGUCCCACAGCUUUUAAUGUCUCAUGCCAUUAGAGGGAACAGUUACUUCUCUUCAAGGAAACUGUGAGUUGAGCUGAGAUCUCGUUAAAAGAAGGAGACAAGUGGGCUGAAACUGAAGAAGCAGUCACUGAACAGUUACGAGCCAUGGUGAAGUUUCAUAACUCGGACCUAUGGAUAGCCUGGAUGGUCAUCUUCUGCAUGGAGGGUUCAAGGUUUGAUCUGCACACAGGGAAAGUGUGUGUGCGGGCGCUGGAUGUGACGGUGUCCCAGAGCAGUGUCCAGGUGGCCCGCGGCCAAGCAGCCGUCCUGCCCUGCUCCUUCACCACCAGCGCUGCCCUCAACAACCUCAACAUCAUCUGGAUGGUGAUACCGCUGUCCAAUGCCAACCAGCCAGAACAGGUGAUAAUUUACCAGGGCGGCCAGGUGUUCAGCCUCGCCAACCACCUCAAUGGCCGUGUGGGCUUCGUGGCCACCAUGCCAAGUACAAGUGCCUCCAUCUUCAUCAACAACACCCAGCUGUCCGACACUGGGACCUACCAGUGCCUGGUCAACAACCUCCCAGACAGAGGGGGGCGCAACAUCGGCGUCAUUGGGCUCACCGUGUUGGUGCCCCCCUCGGUGCCAGCAUGUCGAAUCCAGGGCACGCUGGAUGUCGGCAGUGACAUCAUGCUGAUCUGCAGCUCCGAGGAAGGUAUUCCCACGCCGUCCUACUCCUGGGAGAAGCUGGACGCGCUGCCCAAGCUGCCGCACAACGCCAUGCAAGACCAGAUGCAGGGAACUGUAACACUGAGAAACAUCAGCUCCAGCACCUCAGGACUCUACCAGUGUACCUCCAGCAAUGCUAUAGGCAAGAGCACCUGUCUGCUCAACCUGCAGGUCGUAUCACCCCAGCCUCAGAGUGUGGGUCUGAUAGCGGGCACCAUCGCUACAGGAGUCCUGGCACUCAUCAUCUGCUCCCUGUUAGUGGUGGUCACGCUCUUCUACUGGAAGAACAAGAACAAAUACGACGAGGAGGAAAUCCCCAAUGAGAUCAGAGAAGAUGACCUUCCUCCCAAGAGGUCGUCAUCGGUGAAGGCUUUCCAUGCCGAUGCCUCAUCCUCAGAGAAUGACACGCUGACGUCUACCAACACCUACAACAGCCGCUACUGGCACAACCCCAAACCCAACUACGACACCAACUCCUACACGCGCUACAACGGAGACACUCGCCAGACCUUCUCCACCGCCGCUCACGGUGCACACGGACACGGACAGGCCCAGAACGCAGGACACGGCCACAGUACGGUGGUCACAGCGCCAGGCACAGCUCCGCUGUCCCGCCACGCGCAUCCCACAACGGCGGCGACGACGACGACAACGACGACAUCGUUCGCCAACGGCAGCCACACGCUCCCGCCGCCCAAGACACUGGUGGUCACCACAAACUCUGCCCCGUCCCCUUCCACCAUGGUGCGCAGCAACGGCACUGUGAGCCUCAAACCGGUGGUGACGUCCGCGCACGGGCAGCACACGCACUCGUACGCGGUGAGCCAGGCCACGCUGGAGCGGAUGGGGGCGGUGCCUGUCAUGGUGCCCGCCCAGAGCAGAGCAGGCUCGCUGGUGUGAAAUAGUAUUAGCUUUGAAAACAAGACUAAACGAGUGUGACGUUUGAAACCCACUGAUGAAAAACAGACCGAAUAUGGGCUGAAGCAGCCCGCUGCCCUUUACUACUGUGUCUUUCUGUAUGUCUCGACCUCUUUAACGCGAAACAAACUGGGAUUCUACAGUGCAGAGUUCAUUUAAUGCCAAUUCCUUGAUGGAAGGGACCCUCCGUUUUGUAGACGAGCACUACAUGGAAUCUGAUCAUCCCCUUAUUGGAUGAAUUUUCCUGGCGGGUGUGGUGGGAACUACUUUUUAACCACAAAGCUGUCGUGAAAUUUCCUGCAGAACCUGGAUUCCCAAAUCUUUUUUCAGGGCUGGAUCAUUGUGAUGAUUGUGUUUUUCUUGGGACUCAAAGCAACACAAAGCAUUUUCAUCUCAGUGUGUCCAUACUGCACGGUCAGACAGGAGCGAGCUCGGAUUCCCACAUAAAUGCAUGUGUCUCUUGUUUUAAGAUACCAUAUUAUUUCUAAAAAAGUUAUUUUCACGGUUGUAAUUUUGAUUGACAGUAAUGAUAGUGAUGGUGAGGAUUAUGCACUGAAAAUGUGAAUGUUGGGAGUAACUUAAAGGAUGAAAGUAUAAGAGUGAUAUAAUGUUGGGUGAAAUGGCCUUAGAAGUUUAGGGAGAGCGGUUUUAUUGGGUGCAAUACAUCGCAUAAUAUACUUUACUUCAUCGAAUGCAAACAUUUUAAUUACGUUUUCGCACUUUUCAGAGCAAUUUAUAUCAAAACUGCUGUCUUAUGAACAAUAACUCAGUCUUACUAAUGACAUGCUUUACCCAUACUACAUAUAUUGAAACGUUUCUGCUCAUACAAACACUGGUUAUAUUUGAAGAUAUAGCACAAACACUGGAUUCUCACAACAGAAAGCCACUGUCCCCCUCCCUGAUUUAAACUUGAACCUGCAGAUGGAUGUUGUCGUAGUCUCCGCUGUGUUCGCCGUGUUCAUCCUCGCUGUUGUCCUGAUCUGGUUCAUGUCACAUUAGUGCUGCUUUGAGAAGACGUGGAUAAGAGGAUGUCUUAUUUCAUAAAUGCUUUAUAAAGAGACAAAUAUAUAUUUAAAGGUGAUUUUUUUUCCCCUUGACAAAGGCUUACACCUAUGGUUUUCUACUGUACAUAUUGUAACUAAAACAGUAGGCUAGAUUGUGAAUCAAAGAAAAUAUAUUACGUCUGACUGAUACAUAUUCUACAACUCAUGUGUCUUAAUUUUAAAAUGGUUCUUUUUGUUGCAUUAGACAACAAGCUGGGUUUGAUAGUCAGUGUUAUUGGUUUCAGUGAAGGGAUGUUUUUUUUAAUGCCAUUUCAUUACCAGGUCUGAGGUAAACACAGUAUGGUUUAACAUGAAUGGCCAUAUGUUUUACUUUAAAUAAUAGACACCUCUGCUGUAUAUGGUAGAAAGUAUCACUGUGUUUCUGACCUACUGUAUUUAUGCUUUAACCAAAUCUCACCAUUCUGUUAAAGAACUGUUCCCAAAUUUAGCAAUCCUCAUCUCUUACUGUGCAUUACCUCAAUGCACAAUACUAAUAAUUUCUUGUAGCUACGAUGCAAUAUUUGAUACGGCAAUUAUUUGUGUGUUACAUGCAGUAUCGGAAAGUGUGUUUUAUUCGUCAAAGCAAUUCCUCUUUGCGUCUAAUAUAUGAGUUUUAAUUAAAUGUGCUGUUUUGGCAUUUUAAAGUUUUACUGAGACAAAUUUAUGUGCUGACAUUACAAAAAGUGCUCCAGCUUUAACACCUAUAAUUUCAUAAUUUAUGAUGGAAUUUUUUUUUUUUCAUUUAUAUUAUUUAGUCCAGAUGACUUCACUGACUUUUAAAACACCUUUUUAUGCCGGGGCUAUUACAUUUAUUUAUGUCUUCAUGCCGUUUCCUAGCAGGUGUUAUAUUACACUGAAAUGCAGUUAAUUGAAUUAGAAAAUAAAAAUAAACUGGGAGGGUUGGCAGCAAGUUUAGAGUGGUACGAGCUCCUUAUUUUAGACUGGAACAUAAAUAAACAGAGUGCUCUUUAAUCCCAAUAAACAUUGGGAUAAUAUGAGCAAUAAAUACUAGCCAAGGUGAUGUACUUUUAUGUUAUUGAUGUCAUCCCUUAAUUCACACAUUUAUGGAGCCACAAAAUAGACCUGCUGAGUACCAGUCAACACUGGUUUUCCUUCACAGUUUGUUGUCAGUGAUGCAGUCCUGCCGUUUACACAGACCUGGAUCAAACCACACGAUUUGACUGUUACCAGCUCACUAAAUGUGCGUUAUCAGUUGCUAUAAGUAUCAUCGAUGUGGGUCAGUAGAGGCUUGCUAUGCCUACUACGUUGUAAAAGUGAAAGCGAAACUUAAAAGCAACAUGUUCUAACAUGUAAAACUGCAUGAAAUAUAGGUUUAGGCAACAAAACUACAACUUCUGUAGGUUUAGGCAACAAAACCACUUGGUUAAGUUUAGGGAAAAAGAUUGUGUUUUGGUUUAAAAUAACCAGUGAAACUUACCGCUUGUGCACACAAAGACAACUACAAGUUAUUGGUUUCACACAGGAUGCGACCUGCCCUGGGUGAAAGCCCUUUGGUUUGUCCUCUGCUUUUGCUCCUGUAAUAAUUAUUAUGGUCGCUAGGGGUCACUGUCGUGUUAUUUUAUUCCCUCUUUCGGUGAUUGACCAUGUGCAUCGAUUAUAAAACCUACUACUGGGUGUAGCAGGGCCCUACUGACCCACGUCUAUGAGGCUUAUAACCACUGAUAACACACACUUAAUGACCUGAUAACAGUCUAAUCAUCUGAUCAAACGGUAAUCCUGAAUUUCUCCUGUUUUUUGCCUGGAAGUAAUGAUAUAAAUGGCUUGUAGUUAAAUAUCUGCAUUUUUAUUCACUAUUUUGUCAGUUAUUACAAUAUGUACCAGUCCAGAUCAAUCACAAAUACUGUAUGUUUGUUCAUCUUUGUUCAUUUGACCCCGGUCUACACCUGCUCCGUGUUGUUACAGACACAUUUAUCCAACAUGUUUUUGCUUUCUUUUUUGUCUCAAGGCUGUCUACUGCGUGGCAGAGCUACAGUACUUAUAGGUUAAAUCCACCGGCAACACACACAUUGAUUUAUAAAUACAGUAAGGCUUAAAGAGGUCAAAUGAUCAAAGGUCAGUUGUCACCUCCUCCUCUCCUUUUUGUGUUUUCAGAAUCAAGUCUUCUGUCUGUGUAGAUUUCACUCACCAUCUCUCCCGGUGUCCUUUCCCUGAGCACCGGCUGACAACAUUAAAGAAGAACUUUUCUUCUGACAUCUCUGGCUUUGUUCUUCCCACAGAAAAAUUUCAGGCUGGAAAAGCUAAACUGAGAUUAUUUUACUUUAACUCUGCCCUCUGUUUGCAGGCGCAACGGAGCAAAGAGAGCACAAUCAGUAGAGAACUACUGAGGCUUUAACCCAAAUUAAAUCAACAUCUCAUCUUCUACCCUGGCCAUAGGCUGGCGUGUGGUACACAAGGUGGUAUAUGGGUUGUGUAUAUAGAUACAUAAUAACAUGUGAUAUAUUGCCAAUAGUAAAACCAAUCUGUAAAUAUGUAUAAAAAUACAUCUUGUUCUUACUGUUGGGUUGAAAUGAAAUAGGAAAAAUAACACUGGAACUUGUAGUGAAUAAAUAUUGUUAAUACAUUCUAA